AGUAAAGAAGAGGCAACAUUACAAGAUGAAAAAUAUUCUCCUGCUUUAGCGUGCUAACGGUUUAAUUUUUAAAAGCUAUUAUAGUAACUGCAUAUAUUAUCCCCACAUUCCCCGGAUACUUUGUCAAGAUGCCUGUCCAGUGUAGCAGCUGCUCUGAAAAGCGUGCCGUGCUUAAACGUCCAAAAACCGGCCACUCUCUGUGUAAGGAGUGCUUCUUCUGGGCCUUUGAAGAGGAGAUUCAUCAGACCAUAGUGUCAGCAAAGCUGUUCAAACCCGGGGAGUCUGUGGGAAUCGCUGCCUCCGGGGGAAAAGAUUCCACUGUGCUUGCACAUGUAAUGAAGGUCCUGAAUGAGCGAUACAGCUACGGCCUUGAGCUCAUGCUUCUCUCGGUGGAUGAGGGAAUCACAGGUUAUCGAGAUGACUCCUUGGAGACUGUGAAGAGGAACCAGCAACAGUAUGAACUGCCUCUGAAGAUUGUGUCCUAUGAGGAGCUGUAUGGCUGGACAAUGGAUGCUAUAGUGAAGCAGGUUGGGCUGAAAAAUAACUGCACCUUCUGUGGCGUGUUCAGGAGGCAGGCGUUGGACAGAGGAGCCAUCAUGCUUAAAGUGGACAAGAUAUGUACAGUUAUUCACUCCGGUGAGAACCUGUCUGUGCGCGAGGGGGUAAAGAUGCCUGUCCAGGGAACCUGCAGCCGGUGUGGCUACAUCUCCAGUCAGAAACUGUGUAAGGCAUGUGUGCUGCUGGAGGGGCUGAACCGAGGUCUGCCAAAGCUGGGAAUAGGCAAACACCACCGCUUCCAUGAUAAAAUCCUCUCCCAGCAGCCGCUUACAGAGCAGGAGGAGAGAAAGCUGAAAGCAGUAGACUUUUGAAUCACAAAUAAUGAUUUUUUUUUUCUUUAGAAUAAAUGAUAUUUGUUGUCUUUUAUAUGAGAGCAAUCAAAUCUUAACUUUCCAAGUAUUUAUUGACUGUUUAUAUGGAAUUUUAAUUUGAAAUGCUAUGUAGACUUUUUACACUUUAUACAAAAGUGUGUGACCAGCUGCUUUUGUUGUCAUUUGCCAUCUAAAAAAGACACAUUUGAAAGUGCAUUUACUUUAUUUUUGUAUGUCCCAGUGUACCAACCUUUGGGGAAGGGUCUGAUAACAGUUAUGGUCAUACUUCAAAGUAUUUUAUGAUCUAUAAUAAAUGCAUUGAUCUUUAUCUUCAAACUUGUCCCAAAAA